GAUCAACUUAGUUAUAACAAUAAAUUAUCAAAUAAAAUGAGCAUGUCGGAUCUCAGCAUCAGUGGUACUCAAGUCCAGGUGCAGCCGCUCACGCCGCCACCUCCUUCGCCACCGGGCAGGUGGCCCUUUCGCAUAACAACAAAUGCACCACAAAUGCUGGAUGCAAACUUGACGCCAGGACGGCGGAAGCUUCAAAAGUGGCUGGGUCGAGUCCUGCGUAUCGUCAUAACGGAUGGCCGAGUGCUGGUUGGAUUCUUCAACUGCACAGAUCGGGAUGCAAACAUUGUGCUCUCCAUGUGCGCCGAAUAUUUGGUCGAGGGCCAAGAGCCCCGCUUGCUAGGCAAUGUUAUGGUGGCCAAAAAGCAUAUUGUCUCCCUAAAUAUUGACGAACCUCGGGCGUCAACGGUUCUUUGAUUAAAUGAAGAUUGAUUGAUAUAUCGUAUAUAUUGGAAAAAUAAAAAUGCUCGAAACAUGCUUGUACAUACAGUAGGUAAGAAAAGUUAGACAACAAAAACCUUGUAUUCUUAUUAGUCCAAUUAGGAUCAAAACCCAACAAAUAUAAAAAGUGUGUGUAAAAUG